GGGGGUUCAUCCGAAAAUGAGGUACGGAGUGCUGUUUGACGACAACGGCCACUAGAAAGCCUCAUUGUACGCUCCAGGUUUCGACCCACCGUAUCUGCAAAACAUGAAUAAUGCCGUCGAUUCCUCAGCGACGACGGCAAGCAACCGACUCAGACUCAGACUCAGAUGGAGAGUCUAGUCGAAACUCGACCCUGCUGCACAGCUCCAACGGCGCUAAACGCGUACGAUUGACGCCCCAACGCGAACCGGUGCAACCCCAAAGCAGCGACACAAGUUCGAUAAGCACCGGCGAUGAUUCUGACGUGAGCGAGAGCGACGAUGAACUCUCCACCACCGGCGCCGGGCAGCCGUCCACAGACCCUACCCCGCCCGUUCCGGAGCGGGCUGCAGAUAUCGUGGACCGCAUUCGCGGUAUUCCGGGCGGUGCUGGCGCCGGUAAAUAUCGGCCAGGAGCCAUUGUGCGGAUCAAACUGUCGAAUUUUGUCACCUAUACAUCCGCUGAACUUCGACCGGGCCCGCGGCUAAACCUGGUGAUUGGACCUAAUGGAACGGGGAAAAGUACGCUGGUUUGUGCCAUCUGCUUGGGAUUGGGUGAAGGGCCGCAGCAUCUGGGACGUGCGAAAGAUGCGGCUGAAUACAUCAAACACGGCUGUCGGGAGGCAACAAUUGAAAUCGAGUUGGCUGCCCCGCCAGGGAAACGAAAUAUCGUGAUAGCAAGGGUUAUCAAGCGAGAUGGCAACAAGAGCACGUUUACGGUUAAUGGUGAUCAAGUGCCAGGAAAAAGAGUUCGGGAGCUUGCCAGAUCGUUGUCCAUCCAGAUCGACAAUCUUUGCCAGUUCCUUCCUCAAGAUAAGGUUAGCGAGUUCGCAGCGCUUACUCCCGUUGAGCUUCUGCAGUCCACCCAGCGAGCCGCCGCCCCGCGGGAAGUCACAAGAUGGUAUGAAGAUCUGAAGCGACUUCGUGAGCAGCAAAAGAAACUCCAGGUUGAAAACAGACAGCAACAAGAAGUCCUACAGGAUCUGGAGAGGCGGCAAGAAAACCAGCGUGAAGAGGUGGAAAGAAUGAAGCACAGAGCAGCGGUUAAAAAGCGCCUGAAGUAUUUAGAACUAAUGCGGCCACUGCCAAAGUUCAAGGAGCUCAAAGCUCAGUGUAAAGAGUUGAAAGAACGGAAGAAGCUUCUUCACAGGGAGCACCAGGCUCUCAACGAGGAGCUCGGGCCUACGAUGAAGGCAAUCAAUGCCAAGAAAGAGUAUUACGCGACACUUGAUAAAGUCGUUAAGCAAAAGCGAAAUCAUCUUGCAAGAGCGAACGAGUUUGCAAAGGAAUAUAAGAAUGAGAUGGCCGUGGUAAGCGAGAAGCUCAAGGAUUUGACGGCAAACAUAGAGGCCGAAAAGAAGGCUGGCACGAAUUACGUCUCCGAAAUUAAGAAGUUGAAGCAAGCGAUUAACCGAAUCGAACGACAGAUGGAGGAAGGGGCCCCUGAAUUUGAUGUUGCUGCGUAUGGAUUGAAGAUUCGAGAACAACAACGGCGAAUCCGCGAAUUUGAAGAUAAAGCAACAGAACUGCAGAGAAAGAAGCAACCGACUGCCCUGGAGUUUCAAGCCAAGAAGGCGGAGUACUUGAAAACCAAACGGCGACUGGAGGGGUUGGAAUUCCAGGAUGGUCAACAGGAGGAAAAGUUGCGUCAACUGUCUGAUGACUCUUUCAAUGCCUGGCAAUGGCUUAAAGAGGAAGAAAACCAAGUGCACUUCGAAAAGCCAGUUUAUGGACCUCCACUGGUAGUGUGCUCCGUAAAGGAUCCCAAGUACGCUUCGGCGCUGGAAGGGCUGAUGCAAAAGAACGACUUUUGUGCGUUCACAGCCCAAACCAGAAAUGAUUUUCUCAAGCUACAAGAACUUUUAUAUCAGAAACAUGGCUGGCAUGAUAUUACGAUAAAAACAUGUUCGGUACCCCUCUCGGGCUUUCGCCCUCCUGUGGAUGACGAAGAACUGCAGAAACUGAGAUUUGAUGGCUGGGCGAAAGAUUAUAUCUCUGGUCCAGAGCCUGUGUUGGCCGCGCUUUGCAGUGAGAACAGGUUUCAUGCCACGCCUAUAACACUUCGGGAUAUCUCAGACGCCGAAUAUCGACACCUGGAAAACAGCCCGAUUUCUAUGUGGAUUGCAAAUAAUUCACAUUAUCAAGUUGUCCGUCGGCGCGAGUAUGGCCCGGCUGCAACAUCAACCCGUGUUCGGCACCUGCGACCGGCAAAGUUAUGGACAGACCAGCCAGUCGACGAACAAAUCAAGCAGCAACUCGAGACUGAGCUCAAUGAAUGGAAAGCUAAAAUGGAUGAGAUUCAAGAAAGGAUGGACGAUCAGAAGGGCACUCUUGCCCGCUUGGCGGCUGAGCAUAGAGCAGCCUCAGAGGAGAAAGAGCGACUUGAGCGAGAAAAAGCGGCGAAGCAGAGUGCCCUUACGGCCUUUAAAGCUUUACCAGCUAGACUUGAGCAACAAAAAGAAAAAUACCAAGAGUUGACGGAGAGAAUCACAAAUGUUCAGAAAGAAGUGGAGUCUUUACGAAAAAAGCAAGAUUACGUCUCGCUUGAUAAAGCCGCAGUCGUUUUAAAGUAUGCUAAAUUUGUCUCCAGAUUUCGGAAAAUGCAGGACGACCUCCUACAAGCCGAAAUCUGGGCCAUCGAAGCCUGUUCCGAUUGGCAGAGUCUUAAGGAGCACAAUGCUGAAGUUACGGAAGUGGUUGAGGCGAAAAAACGUGAGAUCGACGAGGUUUCACGACAAAUAUCAGCAAUGGCCACGGAGUUGCCUAAAUUUGCCGACGAAGUGCGAAAACUCUCACGCAUGGCAGAUCGUGAUCGGGAUAUGGGCGAUGUUGUAACCGCCGUCGCUCAACUCAACGCUGAACAGCUGGAGGCCGAGAUAGAUUCCGCAAAAGCCACCUUAGAUCUUACAUACGAGGGCCAUGGCACUCGCUUUAUUGAGGAAUUCGAGCAACGUCAGACCCAAAUUGACAGGCUGAAAGAGAAACUUGAGAAGUCCCAGUCAGAGUUGGCCGAUUACGAGCAUGCAAUCACUGAGGUCCGAGGAAAAUGGGAGCCUAAGCUCGAAUCUUUGGUGCAACAAAUUAGCAACUCAUUCUCUAAUUUCUUUUCGCGCAUCGGAUGUGCAGGACAAGUUGGCAUCGACAAGGCCGAGGACAUUCCCGAUGAGAACGGCCGCCUCGGUGAUAGUAACAAUUUCGACCAAUGGGCGAUCCGCAUCCAGGUCAAAUUUCGCGAGAACGAAUCCCUCGCCGUUCUGGACUCGCACAGGCAAUCCGGCGGUGAGCGCGCCGUUAGCACGAUCUUUUACCUCAUGGCCCUCCAGUCGCUCUCUGCCUCACCGUUCCGAGUCGUCGACGAAAUCAACCAGGGUAUGGAUCCGCGCAACGAACGUAUGGUGCACGAGCGGAUGGUGGAGAUUGCUUGCGGACAAGCGGAUUCGGAUGAUUCUGGGGGCCAGUACUUCCUGAUCACGCCGAAGUUGCUAAGCGGCUUGCAUUACCAGCCGGGAAUGACGGUGUUGUGUAUCUACAGUGGCGAGUAUAUGCCAGCUGACUACAGGAAAUUGGAUUUCAAGCAGUGUGUAUUGCGAAUGAAGGACAUGCAGAAGAAGAAGGGGUUAAUCCAGGGGGAAACGGAGGAAGUGGAAGUUGACGUCUGAGGGAGCAUUGGACAAUCGGGUUGGCUGGGAUUCGGGACACAGCAGGCAAGGGCGGCUUUUGUCGAUAGGCGUGUUUUAUUUUGCGACUUGGCUUUGAAUGUAUUAACUCCCCUAGACUUGCA